CACAAAUGACUCUCCACAAAAACCGAUAAAAUUCCCGUUAAUAAUUGAUAGCGCAUCGUUAACAGGUGACUCAGCGUGAUAACAUUAUCACGAAUUCAGUUUUUUUCCAAUAACUCGCCAAACACCUAGUUAUAACCUCAAAAAAUGGAAUCGUCAACAAAAGCCUGGUCUCAGGCUGGGAAAAACACCCAAUUGUCGUUUUAUAGUGGUUUGGGUCUCGCGAUCCUGUCGUCUGUUUUUAUAGGGUCGAGUUUUAUCAUAAAAAAGCUAUCAUUGUUGAGGUUAAGUCGGAAGGGGGCUUUGCGGGCCGGAGCUGGGGGGUUCGGCUAUUUGAAGGACUGGAUGUGGUGGCUGGGGUUCCUAACAAUGGGGAUAGGAGAGUUGGCGAAUUUCGCGGCUUAUACGGUGGCACCUGCGUCGCUUGUGACACCUCUGGGGGCCCUCAGUGUGCUGGUUUCGGCAGUCUUAGCCUCCAAGUUCCUCAAAGAGACUCUAAAUACCCUCGGGAAGUUGGGCUGUCUUUUGUGCAUCCUUGGCUCAAUCGUCCUGAUUAUCCACUCGCCGAAGGAACAGGAAGUGGCCUCCGUCGCUGAGCUGGUGUCCAAGCUCCACAACACCUAUUUCCUUAAUUAUAUAAUAACUGUAGUUUCAAUAACAAUAAUUAUAAUUUUUUACGUGGGCCCUCGAUACGGCUCGCGCCAUGUAAUGGUUUACAUAACGCUUUGUUCCUCAGUCGGGAGCUUAACUGUCAUGGCCUGCAAAGGCCUGGGCUUGUCAAUAAGCGAAAUUGUGUCAAAGCCGAGCGAUUUAAGUUACUGGUCUUCCAGUUUAUUUUUCUUGACUGUAGCCGUCUGUAUUUUCAUCCAAAUGAAUUAUUUAAACAAGGCUUUGGAUUUAUUCAACACCAGUGUUGUCACACCGGUAUAUUAUGUAAUGUUUACAAGUUUAGUGAUUGUAGCUUCAGCGAUUUUAUUCAACGAGUGGGGCAAUAUGACUUUUGAGGAUAUUCUAGGGAGUAUUUGCGGAUUUUUAACUGUGAUUGUUGCGAUUUUUAUGCUCCAAGGCUAUAGGAAAGACAACUAUCAGAAGCAGAGUUUGUUAAGGAGUGAUUAUACGAGCGUUUUUUACACGUAGGUCUGUAUCAUAUCUACCUCAAAUGUGCUGUGACUUGUUUUAUUUGCCAUAAUUUAUUUAUCGUGUUUAGGGGUUUGUGACUUGUUAGGGACAUUUAUAUAGUUAUUGCCAACCUUAGGCAAGUCGCAAACAAAUGCAAUUAUGUAAAUAGGUCCACUGUAACCGACAAAAGAUUUUGUAAAUAAAUAUGAUUCAGUAGAACAAA